GGGAAAGGGGAAGGAAGAAAGCCAUCAGGGAGCGUCGCGUGGUUUUGGGUUGCUGGGCUUUCCAGGUGAAUCGGGCGGACUGGCACCAAGGAAGGGCAAGGGUUUGCGCCUCUUCGAUUUUUUCUCUAUUGUCCGCAAGAGAUGCGGUUGCAAUAAGGCGUUGCCGACUCGGGAUGUUUGUACCCCGUUGCACGGGCCUCCUCCUUCGCCGCUGUUCCUCUGCGCCUUGUCCCAAGCAUGCUGUGACUCCCAAGUUGCUGCGCGUUCGGGAAGCUCUGGAAGUCCAAAAACCAGCUGGGCGUGAUGUGAAAGUCCAAGGUUGGGUCCAUUCAGUGCGGUCCCACAAGGAGGUUCUGUUUCUCCACAUCAACGAUGGCUCCUCGCUGGAAAGCCUGCAGGUCGUUGCUGACCCAAGACUGGAAUCCAGGGAGCUGUCUUUUGGAAGCUCAGUAGAAGUUCAGGGGAAGCUGACUGAGAGCCUUCACAAAAAGCAGAAUGUGGAACUUGUGGCAGAAAACAUCCGUGUUGUAGGACCAUGCGAUGCCUUGGCCUUUCCUUUAAUAUACAACGCACGCCAGUCUCUGGAAUACCUCCGGCAAUUUCCUCACCUCCGAUGCAGAACCAAUUCGCUGAGUGCCCUGCUGAGGAUACGGAGUGAAGCAACUGCUGCAAUCCAUUCGUUUUUCCGGGAUAACGGAUAUGCGCACAUCCACACACCCAUAAUCACCUCGAACGACUGUGAAGGUGCUGGGGAGGUCUUCGAAGUAGAGCCUGCAAAUAAGCAGAACAAACCUGAUGAAAACCCCCAUUUCUUCAAUGUGCCUUCCUUUCUGACAGUCUCGGGUCAGCUCCACUUGGAAGUGAUGGCUGGGGCGUUUACCAAAGUGUUCUCUUUCGGCCCAACUUUCCGUGCUGACCAUUCUCGGACAAGCAAGCACUUGGCAGAGUUUUAUAUGGUGGAGGCGGAGAUUUCUUUCAUCGAGAGACUUCAGGACAUCAUGCAGGUGAUGGAAGACCUUUUCAAGAAGGUGACGGAAAUGGUGCUAUCCAGAUGCCCUCGUGAUGUCGAGCUUUUUCAUAAAUAUGUAGCUCCUGGACAAAAGGCCAAGUUAGAAAAGAUGCUCAACAAGCAAUUUAUAACGAUGUCCUACACUGAGGCGAUAGAGGUUUUAAAACAAGCUCCUCGAGAAUUUGUUUACGAACCGGUGUGGGGUCAGGAUAUCUAUUCGGAACAUGAAAAAUACUUAAUAGAACACUGCGGAGAAAUCCCUGUAUUUGUAUAUAACUAUCCAUAUGACCUUAAGCCCUUCUAUAUGCGGGACAAUGAAGAUGGCGACCAUCAUACGGUCGCAGCUGUUGAUCUCCUGGUCCCGGGAGUUGGAGAACUCUGCGGAGGCAGUUUGAGAGAAGACCGGCUGGAUUUUCUUCAGACCCGCCUACAGAGAUUGGGCCUGGAAGAGACCUAUCAAUGGUACACAGAGCUGCGCCAGUUUGGCUCAACCCCACACGGAGGAUUUGGAAUGGGGUUUGACCGUUAUCUUCAGUGCAUCUUGGGAGUCGAGAACAUCAGAGACAUCAUCCCGUUCCCACGUUUUUUCCGCUCGUGCAUUUUGUAAUGCGUUGUCUCAUCUCCUGAGAUUGUGACUCUUCUGGAUUUCUUUUUUGUGAGUUCCUGGACCACCUGGCUGAUAAAAUACAGCAUCUCUUCUUCUUCUUUCUUCAUCGAAUAAACUCUUGAUAAGAGUUCCAGAACAGAUGGAUGACAUGUUUGGGAAAUGAGGCUCAUUUUUGUAUUAUAUUGAUGCACAGUGUUUCCGCUUGCACACUGCAUUGGUCCCUCUGCAAACCGAAGACCUUGUAUAUGGGCCGUAGCGAAAAAUGAAUGAACUGGGAGUUCAUUUAUCUGCGAAGCCAGGGGUUGCCACAAGCUCAGAAGCCCUGAACCAAGAAGGAUAAGAAGCUUAACAAGCUGGCCAGGCCGCACGGAGAAGAUUAGAAGAGCUGUGAAAUA